CUGUGAGACUCGUGCUGCAUUGUGACAGUUUAUCGGUUCGGGAUUGCUCAUCAUUGUUCCUUCACUUUGCUUUGCUUCUUUUGCGAGGCACAAAAUCAAUACAUAAUAAAAUAACUACGUCCGCCAUUGUACAAAGUGUUUAACAUGUUGUAUUUAGCUUUACAGUAAAAUGCAAGGAACUAAUGUUACGUACAUCGACUCACUAACUCCCGUAAAAUAAAACAAUGGACAUUCACUUUAAGUUAUUUAUCGUGCUUCUUCUUAUUAAUUCUGUGCAUCUUUACUGCGGACCAUACAAUGGACAAAUAUGUAAAAAAUAUUCUACUGGGUACGUAUGGUAUAACCAUACAGGAGGUAUUGACAAUGAGAAGAUCACCACUGGACUUUGGAAAGAAAUGAUAUCGAAACUUAAGGAGCCCUGUCGAAGUAGGGCUGAAAAACUCUUAUGUGCUUAUGCAUUUCCCAAAUGCAUUGAUAAAGACGGAGUGGGCUAUUUUGCGCUGCCACUCUGCUUAGAAGAUUGUAUGGCUGUUAAAAUGCAAUUUUGUUACAAUGAUUGGAUAGUUAUUGAAGAACAAAAACGUCGUGGAGUUUUCUUUGAGAGUAGAGGGCAUUUUCGAUUCCCAGACUGUGAAAAACUGCCAAAAUUUACAGGAAAAGGUUUACAAGUAUCAUGCAACAAUGUUGGUAUUACAAAUAUGGACUACAGCCAAGUAACCACAACAUGUUACAGAGAUAAUGGCCGCUACUACCAGGGCACUAUGAAUGUGACGGAAACUGGAUUAUCCUGUCAGGCUUGGGAAUCUCAGUACCCUCAUCAGCAUACAAGACCUCCGUUGGUGUUUCCAGAAGUUCAGAAUGCCACAAAUUAUUGCAGAAAUGCAGGUGGUGAGGAGAUAAAGCCUUGGUGCUACACAAUGGAUCCAAAUGUAAGAUGGGAACAUUGUGAUAUUCCUUCAUGUGCCAACACAAGUGAUGAAUUUGACAAUAGUAAUGGACCAAUUAAUAUUGAUAUGGAGAAUUACUUUACACCAACAUUUGUAUUGUUGCUUUCAAUUGGUGGCCUUGGAUGUGUCUUGGGGAUAGCAUCAAUAGCCUUAUUGUGUCACUAUUUUGUUAAAAAUCAUUAUUCCAAGUGUAAUAUUUCAAGUCGCAGGAAUAUACCCAAUAUGGACAUAGACUUGGAUAAACUUCCUAGUAAUUUAGCUUAUCAUACAACUGGUGCACAACUUAAUCCUAAACUCGAAAAAUUGGAAUUUCCUAGGAAUAAUAUCAUUUACAUCAGAGAUUUAGGACAAGGUGCUUUUGGGAGAGUAUUUCAGGCCAAAGCCCCUGGACUAAUUCCUGAAGAAGAGUUUACUCUUGUUGCUGUUAAAAUGCUCAAAGAUGAAGCUUCCCAUGACUUAAAACUAGAUUUCGAGAGAGAAGCUUGUUUAUUAGCCGACUUUGAUCACCCAAAUAUUGUUAAACUGCUUGGUGUGUGUGCUAUUGGACGUCCAAUGUGUUUGUUGUUUGAAUUUAUGGGAAAAGGUGAUUUGAAUGAAUAUUUACGUGCUUGCAGUACAGCCACAAAUUUUCCACCAUCUGUUGAAAAUAGGGAAGACCUUAGAUUGCUUGCAACUCCUCUAAGUCAUUUAGAUCUCUUGCACGUUGCUCGACAGAUAGCUUCGGGCAUGGUUUAUCUGUCAGAUAGGAAAUUCGUCCAUCGUGACUUAGCAACCAGAAAUUGCCUUAUCAAUGAUGAUAUGGUGGUGAAAAUAGCAGAUUUUGGGUUGUCCCACAAAAUAUACCUUCAAGACUACUACAAGGGAGAUGAACAUGAUGCUAUCCCUGUGAGAUGGAUGCCUCUAGAGAGUAUCCUUUAUAACAAGUAUACAUUAGAAUCAGAUGUUUGGGCAUAUGGUGUUUGCCUUUGGGAAAUAUUUUCAUUUGCUCUUCAACCAUAUUUUGGAAUGACACAUGAAGAAGUAGUCAGAUUUUUAAAAGAUGGAAAUGUUCUGGCUUGUCCGGACAACACACCCAGGUGUGUAUAUGAUUUAAUGAAACAGUGCUGGAAUCACAGCCCAAGUGACCGACCCAACUUUAGAAUCAUCUAUCAGACUUUGGACAGUAUUCAACUGAUAUUGGAAAGAACUCAUCCUGAAUGAAUUUUUAAUUGUAUAUAUUUGAUUGAUUAGUACAUAGGUAUAACAUUUUGUAUAAUAAUUUUAGGACCUACUUUAAUUAUUUAUUAAUGUCAACCAGGAGUAAUUAAAUUGGAAAAACAACUCACUACAAAAUUAACCCUAUUUAAAACUUUUUUGUACUUAUGUAGUAUGGUUUUCAUCAUGCAAGCAAUUGAAUUUAUUGGUCAAUUUAAAAAUAAUAUUUAAUGUUAGAUUAUGUUAGUUGUCAGACUAAUACUUUUCGUAAUAUUGUUUUCAAUUUCACAUUUAAAUCCAAGACUGAUUUUUGUUAGUACUUUGGAAGUCUAAUUUAAAGUAGUCUAGCAUUUAGUUCCUUUGUACAUUUUUAUUUUAAGUAUUUUUGUCGUAUUUUAUGUAGUGAAUAUAGUUUCUUUAGAAACCUUAUAUUGUAAGCCGCCAAGUAUGAUGACAUUAUUUCAAUACAUGGAACACCAUUAUCAAUGUUGAUGUGUAAACAGUUUUUACAUAUGACUGUUAUGGUGGUUUUAGCACUUUUUCCUUUCAUUAUGAUGAAUGGCUGUUCUUGCCUCAAUCGUUGUUAAGUUUCCAUUUUUAUUUAAGAAGCAAAUAAUUGGCAUGAUUGUCAUUUAACAAAUGUAUAAAUUUUGAAUUGUAUGCAAUGCAAAUCCAUAACAGUUUUACAUGACAUAAAAUUGCCCAGUUUUUAUUAUGAGUGUGAAUGUUGUGUUAAUAUGGAGUGUUAUUAAAAUAUUGAUUAGAAUCGGAAUUGCAUUAAACUAUGAUUUUGAAUGGAAGUAGGAUAGUUAGCAACAAAAUUGGACUGAAUGUCUCCCUAGUGAUUGAUAACAAUAUGUGUUUAAGUGAUAUUGUCCAAAGUUAACAAAGUGUACAUACUGCCAAACAAUUUAAAAGUUUAUAUACACACAAAGAGUGAAUAAAUUGUAAUAUUUUUCGUAACGCUGACAGUUAAUAUAGGCAUCUUUUAAUUUUUAGAAUACUUUUAUUUAUGUACUCUGUAUUGAUUACAGUUUUACGAUUUAAUGUAAUAUUAUUUUGUCAAUAAAAAUAAUGUAAGUACGUACCUAAAUAAUUGAAUAAAAAUUGUUUUUAUGAA